GCGGCUCAGGUACGCGGGAGGCCCCGCCCCUCCUCGCCCAGCCCUUCUGCGCCACUCCACUCCCCGCCCUGCCUCGCCCCGCCCCGCCUUGCCUCGCCUCGCCCCUUAGCGCCCGUCCCGAGGGGCGGGGCGGCCCUGGUGGGUGGUGUGGGAGUGGGUAUGGGGAGGGAAGUGGAGGGCAGGGGGUAAGUGACAGGGUCGGGGAGGCCCUGGGAAAGGCGGGACCUCGAGGCGCGGCCGCGCGAGGUGACCGGAGUCACAGUUCCCGCAGGCGGCGACAGCAGAGCGCCCACUGCCUCCAGCAGAUUAAUAUUAAGAUUGAAAGUUUGUGUCUUUUGCUGGAUAUUGGAAAUUGAAUGUAAUGGCAACAGAAUUUAUAAAGAGUUGCUGUGGAGGAUGUUUCUAUGGUGAAACAGAAAAACACAACUUUUCUGUGGAAAGAGAUUUUAAAGCAACAGUCCCAAAUAGUCAAAAUGCUACUAUCUCUGUACCUCCAUUGACUUCUGUUUCUGUAAAGCCUCAGGUUGGCUGUACUGAGGAUUAUUUGCUUUCCAAAUUACCAUCUGAUGGCAAAGAAGUACCAUUUGUGGUGCCCAAGUUUAAGUUAUCUUACAUUCAACCCAGGACACAAGAAACUCCUUCACAUCUGGAAGAACUUGAAGGAUCUGCCAGAGCAUCUUUUGGAGAUCGAAAGGUAGAACUUUCCAGUUCAUCCCAGCACGGACCUAGCUAUGAUGUGUAUAACCCAUUCUAUAUGUAUCAGCACAUUUCACCUGAUUUGAGUCGACGCUUUCCUCCCCGUUCAGAAGUGACGAGACUGUAUGGAUCGGUUUGUGAUUUAAGGACCAACAAACUUCCCGGUUCCCCUGGGCUAAGCAAAUCUAUGUUUGAUCUUACAAACUCAUCUCAGCGAUUCAUCCAGAGACAUGAUUCAUUGUCCAGUGUACCCAGUAGUUCUUCUUCAAGGAAAAAUUCUCAGGGGAGUAACAGAAGCCUGGAUACAAUUACUCUAUCAGGAGAUGAAAGGGACUUUGGGAGACUGAAUGUGAAAUUGUUUUAUAAUUCUUCAGUAGAACAGAUCUGGAUCACAGUUUUACAGUGCAGAGAUUUAAGUUGGCCCUCUAGUUAUGGAGACACUCCUACUGUUUCUAUAAAAGGAAUACUUACAUUGCCCAAACCAGUGCAUUUCAGAUCUUCAGCCAAGGAAGGUUCCAACGCUAUUGAAUUUAUGGAAACGUUUGUAUUUGCUAUUAAACUUCAAAGUCUACAAACUGUAAGACUUGUAUUUAAGAUUCAAACCCAGACUCCCAGGAAGAAAACCAUUGGAGAAUGCUCACUGUCACUCAGAACCCUUAGCACACAGGAAAUGGAUUACUCUUUGGAUAUAACACCACCUUCAAAAAUUUCUGUUUGCCAUGCAGAACUUGAAUUGGGGACUUGUUUUCAAGCAGUAAAUAGCAGAAUUCAGUUACAAAUUCUUGAGGCACGGUACCUUCCAAGCUCAUCAACACCUCUGACUUUGAGUUUUUUCGUGAAGGUGGGAAUGUUUAGCUCUGGAGAGUUGAUUUAUAAGAAAAAGACACGCUUACUGAAGGCCUCCAAUGGAAGAGUCAAGUGGGGAGAGACUAUGAUUUUUCCACUUAUACAGAGUGAAAAAGAAAUUGUUUUUCUCAUUAAGCUUUACAGUCGAAGCUCUGUAAGAAGAAAACACUUUGUGGGCCAGAUUUGGAUAAGUGAAGACAGUAAUAACAUUGAAGCAGUGAACCAGUGGAAAGAGACAGUAAUAAAUCCAGAAAAGGUUGUUAUCAGGUGGCACAAAUUAAAUCCAUCUUGAAGACUUCACACAUUAAUUUGGUGAAGAACUUGACAUUCUUUUAGAAGACUUAUGAUUUCAAUUUGCUACCAAUGAGAAGAGGCAAAUCAACAAAUUUGUCAAUUUAUGGGGGCUAUAAUUACGGUAUAUAAUGUAUCUGAUAGAAAAUUUGAUAAGAAAAUGUAAUGAAUUUUAUCAGAUAUCCAAAGUAAAGGAAAUGUUUUAAAACUGCAACAAGAGACACAGACAGUAAAAUCAAAGUAUUAUUAGGAUGACUAAAUAAAUUAUAAAGUCUGUGAGAAUAUCAACCAUAGAUAGUUCUUUCUAUAUUAUGUUUUUGCUUUUGUAUUUUAAGCUUUACUUAGAUAUUCAAAACCUGGUAUAUCAAGUCUCUGUUAGUACUAUUGGCAUUUAGAAGACUUUAACAUUAUUUCAGUGCUAGGCAUUAUUGAUUAGGUCUUGGCUCCACUGUUUACCUCUUGCUAUGUAUUUUCUCUCGGUAAAAAUGAAUUGAACCAUUUCAACUAUUUUCUAUAUUUGGGGAAAGUCUGUGCCCUGUGUUUCAUAAUUUUUUUACCCAUAAGACAUCACAUUAUCACUUUAUAAGCUACUUAUCUCCAAAAAACUUCAGAAAUAGAAAACUACAUUUUGGCAGGAAUAAUUGAAAACACCAGAAGGUUGAAGUUUAACUGGAAACCCAGAAUAUACAUACUUUGCUGUUUUCUUCCCUCAAAUAUUUUACUGUUUGUUUUAUUUGGAGUUAAAAUAAGAGUAUCAUCCAUAUGGUCCAUCCUAAUUCACAGAAUUAAAUGAGCUUAAGUAGAAAAUUCAGUAUUUUAUGAUAAUCACUUCAUUUUUAGUUUUUAAAAUUUAGAUUAUUCUAUAAUUUACCGUGUUUGAGUAUUUUCCCAUUUUUUCAUAACCAUACCUGAUUAUACUAUGUAACAAAUAUUUUCUAUUGCAGUUUUCUUUCCAGUACUUAUUAGAACUCAGUAUUUGGAAAUAAUUUCAGCUUAAUUGACCAUAAGAACUGUGGCCAAAAAGAACAAUUUUUUGGAGAGGCAGAUGACAUUAUACCUGAUUUUAGAAAAUCUCACUUUAUUUUUGCUAAUAAGUAGACUAAGUGCUCUGUGUUCUCAGUCUUCCCGUUUUUUCUGCCCCCAUUCUUACUUUGUCCCAUGCAUGCAGAGAAAGAUGGUGAUAUUUUAGGCCAGGAGUAUACCUUGCUAUAACCUAAGCAUGCCUUCUUUAUUCCAGCUCCUAUGUUCUGUGUAUAUCAUUAACAUUUUCCCAAAUAAACACUUAAUUCUCUUUUCCCUAGGUGCCAUCUCCUCAAGCUACAAAAUGUCCACAUCUUAUAUCCCCUUUGCUUCUACUGCUCUGAUUUUGUGGUACCAGUACUCUCUGCCACUGAACAUUUUGAAAUAUUUUUGUUUUAGAUUUGCAAAAAAUGACAUAUAGGUCAAUACUCACAUGGAUUUUUAAGAUAAAUCACCUGUGUGAUAAUAUUUUGAAUCUGAGACAAAUACAACUUUUAAAGAUUGUUUUUAAAAAUAGACUUUUUUUUUAGAGCAGUUGUAGGUUAACAGAAAAAUUGAGAGGAAGAUAGAGAUUUCCUUUCUCCCCUGACAAAGCCCUCAACAGCCUCCCAGGCGAUCAGUAUCCUGCACCACAAUGGUACAUUUGUUACAAUCAAUGAACCUACUCUGAAACAUCAUUAUCAUCCAAAGUUCAUGGUUUACAUUAGAGUUCCCUCUUGGUGUUAUACAUUCUAUAGGUUUUGACAAAUAUAUGAUGAUAUGUAUGCAUCAUUAUAAUAUAGUAUAGUUUCGCUGCCCUAAACAUCCUCUGCAAAUGCAACUAUUUUAAUGGGUACCAAAGAAGUAAAUGUAUUUACUGGCUUUUAGAUAAUAAAUAACGGGCUUUAUUGUUUAUUUUAAAAGCUACAAUUUGUUUUAGCUGGUUUCUCUGUUCUAUUAAUGCUUUGAAUUUCCAAAUUUAAUAUAUGUAGUCAUGCAUUUAACUUAAUAUUUCAUUAUUUGAUUUAUUUAAUUUUCUAUAUUCUUACAAUGUGUGUAUGAUGUAUAAUUUAAGGGAAAGCUAUGACUUCUCGGUUUCUUAGAAUCCUAGGUAAAUAAAACAAUAAAAAGAAAACCCUUACAUUUAAAAGAGCUUUCAGGUACAGAAGUAUUGAUACAACUAAGAUCCUAAAUGUUUUAAUUAGUGUUUACUUAAGCCUUUUUCAGGUGAGGAGGUACUAAUGCUGGUUAUUUCCUUGAAGCUUUAUGUGGACCUAUAAAUAAAAAUCCAAUCUCCUGCUAA